CCCGUCCGCUCACCUUAACUCUGAUACCAUCCUCAACGCAGACCACCUCAUACCUACACCUUCAAUACUGACCCGACCUGCCCGUUAACCCAACCAAAUCCCACACCCAAGGACGCGCAAGCAGCAUCCGAUCACUCCUCUCCGCGGCCCAGUGAAGGAUGGUGCGCCCUAUCACGCCGCCACCACAAGCCCCAACCGCGGGCCCCUCCCAACCCGCCGCCUCUCCUCCCACUCCCGAACUCACGCGGCGCAUCGAAGAGAACCGUCUCCGAGCCAAAGCCCUUCGCGAACAACAUGAGGCCGCCGCCCGCGCAGCAGGCAUACCUGCCGUCUCCAAGACGCCCUCGGGCUUCGUCGCCACCGAUGAAAUACGCAUCCCGAACACACGCAAGCGCGCCUACGAUGCCAUCUCCACCGCCGUUCGAGUUCGUGAGACUCCCUCCACCAGCCGCGACGGCCGCGCGAACGGAGCCCCGCCGGUCAAGGGUGGUGCCACCGGUACUGGCACGCAGCCGCCGACGGGCAAAGACGAGGGCGCUAUCCGGCCGGCGAGGAAUUUCGCCAAGUACGUCGACUACGACUUCGGCAAGAUGACCGACACGAAGGGCGGGUUCUUGAGCACCGAAGACGACCCCUGGAAUAAAGCCAUGUCAGGGUCCGUCGCAUCAGGGAGCAAGGGUAGCGGACCAGGCGGCGAGGGCGUGGAGGAGAAGCCCAAAGGGAUGACAGCCCAAGAAUGGGAGCGAUUGCAGCUGCUGCGGCAACUCCAGCGGCAGAAGGCCGGGCCGUUCGAGCCGGGUUUGAGCGUGCUGCAGGACAAAAAGGAGCGGAAGAAGUGCCGCGAAUGCCGCAGCCUAGAGAUCGACUUCGUUUGGGAGGAGGUAUUCGGCUGCGCCGUCUGCGGUCAAUGCAAAGAAAAGUUCCCCGAGAAGUACAGUCUCCUAACCAAGACGGAGUGUAAGGAUGACUACCUCCUGACCGAUCCGGAGCUGAGAGACGAGGAGCUGCUGCCGCACCUGUCAAAACCCAACCCGCACAAAUCGCACUGGCACGACAUGAUGCUCUUCCUGCGGUACCAGGUCGAGGAGUACGCGUUCGGCGAGAAAUGGGGCUCGGCGGAGGCGCUGGACGCCGAGUUUGAGCGCCGCGAGGCGGAGAAGAAGAAGCGGAAGGAGGCCAAGUUCAAGGAGAAGCUGCUCGACCUCAAGAGGCGGACGAGGACGGACGCGUACCGGCGGCAGCACGGGAGGCUCGGCGGCGGCGCGGGGUCGGGGCCGGCGUCGUCGUCGAGUAAGAAGGCCAAAUUCGGCGACGCCAUCCCGAGCAACGGAAAGCACGUCCAUGAGUGGGGGCGGCCCGUCGAGAACGAGGACGGCGCGACGGUGAAGACGUGCACGGCUUGCGGCAUGGAGGUCGAGGAGCUGGAGUUUUGAGGCGUCAUGGAUAGAUAUAUAUACUUAUUACCUACCAUUUGCCCGACAAUGAUACCCGCUGAGCAUUUCUCUACGCGCUACCUGUCGGAGAAGUGUGACCUUGGUUGCGUCAAGGGUAUCGUGGAUGUAACGAACGCCGUGAAUUCGUUGUGUGGCAGUUCCGAACAUGGUUGGUACUAUGGUUGCCACACUAAUCAGCCGAGCCUUACUAUCAAAUUGUUGGUCCAUCGGAUAAUAGUGCCUUGGCUUUAUAUUUCUUAUAGUGACAACUUAUACAGCUAUAGAAACUUAUAGGAGGCAACUGUUACGGAGUACGGCAAGCAAAACACAUGAUGUCAUCUUUAG